UGUGUUGUGUGUUAACAGUUUGAUCUAUAACUUGCUAAACUGGUUCCUGCACAUGCUUUCAAAGCUGGACAGUGACUAGAAGGUUUUAACACUCAUUCUACCAUCAUAAUGCAAAGCUGAAAGACAUUCCGGCUCUUCUCGUUUCUGGUGUAACCCUGAGCCACAAUGUAGGAGGCUGUGUCACAGAACACAAGGAAAAAGCUCUCUCCAGAUAUGUGGAAGCAAACUUCGCAGUUGGCUCUUCUGUGGUUCCUAUUUUGGGAGUAUCACGUUUAUGGACUCCCCGACCACGAGAUUGUUUUCCCACAGAAAUUGGUGAACAGAGAAAAAAGGAAUUUAGAUCCACAUAAUACGGAUCAAUGGGAGGAAAACGUAUCUUACUCUAUCCAAACCUCGAAUGGUACUCUUCUGCUAAAACUACAAAGGAACAGAGGUUUUGUGAGUCCUGACUUUGAGCGAUUUGAGUACCACACACAUGGUGGAUUACGGCCACUAAACCACACUAGACAGACACAUUCCUGUUAUUAUCGUGGAACAGUAGAUGGGGUGCCGAAUUCACUUGUUGUGCUCAGCACGUGCCAUGGACUCAAUGGGCUUGUGCACAUAGAAGAUAAAUAUUUUGUGAUUGAGCCAGUAAAAAACACGUCGCAAGGGGAACACCUAUUAUUUGAAUUGGAAAAGCAAGACGGUACCAGUAUGUGUGGUGUGGGGGAUUUUGAGAAAAUGACGCCGCACACAUUACUGCCUUCAUUCUAUAAGCUGAGAAGGAUGAAGAGAGAUGUACUUCCUACAACCAGUUAUGUGGAGCUCGGCAUGGUAGUGGAUAAUUAUAGGUAUGGAAUUGACAAUUCAAACACAAAAAACGUGGAGGUGGAGGCUAUCCAACUAACAAACAUUGUGGAUUCGAUGUUCCAACCUCUAAAUAUCCGAAUAGUCCUUACCAGCCUUACAAUCUGGACCUCAAGCAAUCCUAUUAAUGUAGAUGCAGAUAGUGCUGGGAAUGUACUGGGAGGUUUUUCAACUUGGAGAGGGAGCACCUCAGGAUUGAAGAGAACUGACAUCUCACAUCUCCUAAUAGGGCGUGGAGCCAUCAACGGUGUUCUUGGGAUGGCUUUUGUCGGAACUGUGUGUUCCCCCUCUUAUGGCACCUCUAUCAGUAUGUUUUCAUCAGGUACUUCCCUGGCAGGACACACCACAGUACUCGCUCAUGAACUUGGGCACGUUCUUGGGAUGAGCCAUGAUGACACAUGCAGUGGAGGCAACUAUAUUAUGCACAGCUCAGACGCGGGAGCAAAAAAUUUUAGCACCUGCAGCUCCAAUGACUUUGAAAGCUUAAUUUUGAGAGGUGGUGGAACCUGUCUUCAGAACCCCCCAGAUCCUAACCAGGUGCUGAGUAUCCCUGAGUGCGGAAACAAAAUUGUAGAUCAGGGAGAAGAUUGUGACUGCGGCGCUGUACAGGAAUGCAAAAAUCCUUGUUGUAACGCUGCCACCUGCAAACUUACAAAGGGAUCAGCGUGUGCACAAGGCUUGUGCUGUGAAAACUGUCAGUUUAAAGUUGCUGGCACACCUUGUCGCCCUCAAAACGGUUACUGCGACUUUCCAGAGUAUUGCAAUGGGACUAAUGGCCUGUGCCCAGCAGACUUUUAUAAAAUGAAUGGUUACCCAUGCAACAAUAGCACGUCAUAUUGCUUUAAUGGGAUUUGCCAAACAUAUGAUGGACAGUGCCACAAUCUAUAUGGAGCCACUACUACCAAAGCCAUUGAUGCCUGUUUCACGAAAGGGAACCUUAACGGAGACGCGUUUGGGAAUUGUGGAACUACUAGAAGUGGUUAUAUUAAAUGCUCGACUGCGGACAGCUUAUGUGGAAAACUCUUUUGUACUGGGGAUAAUCCAAACGCCAUCCUAAAUGGUGCAGUUACUUUUUUUUAUGUAAACAACAUAAACAAGUGUUUCAGCGCCAAUUUUAAUUUGGGUCCUGACGUUCCUGACCCAGGGAUGGUACGCCAAGGAACGGGUUGUGGUAAUGGCAAGGCCUGUGUUAACUACAGCUGUCAGAACGCCAGUGCACUUGGAUACAACUGUGACACAAAAGUGAAGUGCAAUGAUCAUGGGGUAUGCGAUAACAAUGGAAACUGUUUCUGUGACAAUGGCUGGGCCCCUCCGAAUUGUAAUACAGGAGGCUAUGGUGGGAGCAUCGAUAGUGGACCUACUCACAUUGAUACGUCUCUACGGGAUGGAUUGCUCAUUUUCUUCCUGCUUGUCCUUCCAAUACUGAUUGCUCUAGCUUUGGCAUGGUUUAAACGGGACGCUAUCAGAAGACGAUGUUGUAGGAAGAAGAGGAGGACACCCAGGUCUCAAGCUCCACCAAAGCCAACUUCCAAUACCACCACCAAUAAUAAGCCUUCCAACAAUAACUCCAGAGGCCAGCGUGAUAAUCAGUACUCGGAUAUUUUCACGAUAUCCCACAAUCCACCGCACAGACCACCACUGCCUUCCACAAAGCCCCAACCACCUCUACGUCCUCCUCUACCUCCACCUCGACCAUCUGCUGUUCCUCAGUACAAUUGGAAUCAAAAUGUUUAAGGACUAUGUAAAAUUAGUCUACUGACUCAACAGGGUCCAUGAUCUAAAUAGAGAGGGAGCGGAUAGACUGGCCAUUAUAAGUCUGGAUCACAGUGUUUCAACAUUUCUAAGAUUAGAGCCAACAUGACUUCGGAGUAUGGCUUAUUGGUUCUCAAUCUACGCCCACACUGGACACCACUAAUCAUUGAUUACAAGCAAAAUAACUUUUCUGGCCUUUAUGUUUCUGUAUAUAACCGGUGCUAUUCUUAAAACCUAAAUGAAGGAAUAACAGACAAUGAUGUAAUGUUAAAGACUACUUUACCAAAGACAGGCACUUUAUGGAUUAUUAUGAUUUAUUUUGACAUGUGACAUUCUAUAAAAAAAAUUU